CCAAACCAACUAUGGGAUUACCAUGGAGUACUAUCAGGCCUAUAAUGACAUGGAAAAGGUUUAUAAGACCAUUUACGGCGGCGAUGUGAAGUCAUACUCGCACUUGGUAUGGUAUAUUGAUGCUAUAAAGGAAACCAACCCUGGUAGUGUGAUAAAGUUUGAAUUUGAUCCUGCAAAGAAACAGUUCCAACGAAUUUUCAUUGCGUUUGAUGCAUGCAUCAAAGGAUACCGGUUUUGUCGGCCAAUGGUAUACUUGGAUGCUACUUUCCUUACUGGUAGAUUCAGAGGUUGCUUGAUAGAAGCUACUGGUAUCAAUGGUGGUAAAGGAUUUUUCCCACUUGUUGUGGCACUAGUCGAUUCUGAGACUGUCAAUAACUGGGAGUGGUUUUUAAGGAAUUUGAAUGAAGUUGUUGGUGAUGGGAGGCCAAUCACCUUCCUUUCGGAUCGCCGUGAAGGACUCUUGCAGGGUGUUCCACUUGUCUAUCCAGAUUCGUUCCACAGCUUUGCUACUAUCAUUUGA